UACGCAUUGUUUGAUAUGACAGAAACAAACUUUGCAGAACUCCUACAAAAGUCACUUUUCCUAGCAUCUCGAGCAGAAGGAACGCAGAGAAAACAAGCUCUAGACAACACACCUUUGUUACCGAGAGGUAUCUCUCAAGUGGAUAAGGAAGCAAAGGAAAUGUUGGCAAGAGCCAGCCGCACCGGAGGAACACCAGAAAUAGACCCAAGUUCUAUACGAUUGUUUUCUGAGCUCAAUUUUGACGCAGAGUCACUCGGGAAAGAAGUCCGAACGUUCAACGCUGUAGAAAACCUUUUGCCGCCACCCGAAACAAGUUUGAGCAGUGACUUGGAUUCAUAUAUUCUUGAACAACAUGAAGACGCCAUUUUCUCAACGUUGGAGGAUUCUCAGGCAGUUGUCAGCGAAGAACUUCGAAGGAAGCUUGAUUCAGCAAUUGAAACAAUGUGGGAAAAGGAGAAAGACAAGUUCUUAAAACAGCUUUCGAGGCACGUCUCAGCCUCGUUCAGUGAGUCGAAGGACUCGACUUCAAACGCCACAAGUGCCUCUCUAUGGAGCACUCCACUAGAUCAAACGCGAACCACGCCUAGUAGUCAUUCUAGUACAAUAUUAGGAGAACAUAAAGAGUAUACUGAGGGAGUCGAUCUGAGUGCUGAAUUUACGAAUAUUGUGAGGAAUAUUUUAGAAAGACGAGUGUUAGAUCCCGUGGCGCAGAAAUUGGGUUUUUCUUCUUUGUCAAAUAACUUGGAAGAUUCAAAAGUCUCAAGUUCAUCUUCAUUGCCUAUUGCACAACAAUUCGCGAAGGCGAUUUCCAGUCAUCAACAUGCUUUGAAAUAUUUUGCUUUCAUUUUCGAGGCAAUAUCUUGGAUUUGUGGUGAACGUCAUGUAGAUUUUGACGGUUCUUAUAUUCGCGAUUCUCAUUUAAAAGAAGGAUGUGUAGAUUUGCUGGAUUCAACUCAGCUGAAACGGUCAUUACAAGGUUCACUUCGUGCUAUGGAAGAGAAAUUUAAGGAAGGUAGACUAGUAGCAACUAUUCGUUCGCACCCUGAACAGGCACUACGUGGAGGUAAACCUGGUCUUGUGGAGGACAUUCGAGCUUAUUUAAGAGUCGUCUUUCAUAAUGACUUUCAUUCACUUGCCGAAGAUACUCAAUUUCUUCAUCGCCUUCCACUUUGGCCACAAAUAUUCUUGGCGUUACGUUGUGGAGAUGUUCAUUCUGCAGUAAAGAUUGCGGAAGAGGCAAAUGCACAACUGACUGCAAAUGGGCUUCAUUUUUAUGAGUUUAUACAAGAGUUUUUUUCCAAUCCUGAUCGUUGUCUUUCUGAAGACUCGUUGGUUCAACUUUCUCAAGAAUAUUCUCUAGUUGCUCGUAGAAGUAGCGAUGCGUUUUUGAGGGUUUGUUAUAUUUUGAUUGCUCGUUGCAAUCCCAAUAUUGAUGAAAAGUGGAAACUUCAAGAAAGCGACUAUUCGAUUGUUUUGAGUUCGAUUGAAGACUAUCUCUGGUUCCACCUUUCACUUGUACGACUGGAUGAGAAGCAGAUGCCUUUAUCCCUUCAAGCUUAUCGUCUGCAGCUUAUAGACGUUCAACAAGAAAUACAAGAAUUUGGUGCUUCGUAUUUUGAUCCAAAAGGGGAACGACCAUUAUUUUAUACAAUGAUAUUGACGCUUUCCUUGCAGUUUGCAAAGGCUGUCGAUUACCUUGUCAAGUGUGAUGGCUUUCUAUUCUAUGGUUUGCAUAUUGGAUUGAUCUUGUAUUAUUAUGGCAUUUUACACAACGAGAAGGAAUGGAAAAGCAUUAUCGGAAACCACCCCAAUCUUUCUAAUCAGUAUAGAAAGCAAAUACAAGUUCUACUGGAACCUUACGAUUUUGAUAGAUGUUUGUGGUCCUAUGUUCAAAGUAUUGCCAAGUCUCGUCCGUUGGAUGCUGCCUGUUAUCUUUAUAUUUUAAGGGAUACAUCUAGCAGAAUGUACUAUUUGAAAGAGCUUAUUUUACAGAGUGGAGAAUACGAAUCCUUGUUGGGUUUUAUCGGGCCUGAUGGUGCUCGAAGACGUGGUUUUAUUGACCAACUAGAACGCUGUUUGCCUGAAGAGGACCGUAAUGUUCAAGUAUCUUUAGUACUGGCGACAGAUUCUGCUAUUGAGGCCGCAGAAAGGGGUGACAUUCAGGCAGCUGUUCGUCUAUAUGAUAUUGCGGAAGAGUAUGAUAGACUCGUAGCCAUUUUGGCGAAAACAUUGAGUGCAGAACUCAUUCAUUCCCGUUCUUCUCUUCGUUCAUGGUUAGUGGAAGAAUCUAGACGAUAUUUAAAACUACUUUCGGAGAAGUUCAUAUCAGAAACCAAUACUUCAAAGUGGAUAUCUACAUUGAAAUUGUUGUUGUCACUCGUAGAGUUUAUAGAUCUUGUACAACAACAAAAGUACGAAGAAGCAUGGACUUGUAUUUGUAAUUUGAACAUUUUGCCCACGAAUGAACGAGACGUAGUUGCCAAGAGUAGCCAGUGGCAGUCUGUUUCGGACGAAUCGGAUCAACUAGUCGCGGAAAAACUUUCGCAAGUCAUUGUUCGAGCCAUGGACUGUUUGGUUGCUCUUUAUCAAAGGACCAAAGAGUCUCAGCGACAUUCAGAACGCUCUCAAUUGUCACCCUCCACUCUUUCAUCUCACAAGUUGAAAGAGAAUACAGAGUCCAGAUAUUAGUGCAAAGUUGAUGCAGGCAAGUUUAGCGUU